CGGUAGCGUCAAGAAACAAGCCUCCACGGGAAAACUGCCGUCAGAUACGGAAAGUGUAGCACAUGCGUUUCAAUCCUCCCUCUUCCCUUGAUGUCCCUCUUCACUCCUCACAUCUGCCUCUCUUCGCCACCUGUGUCUCUGUGUCUGCCCGCUGUUUUCGUACGCAGCGAAGCACAGCCUCUUUGAUCCGAACUUGAACAAGUGUUGGAUGCGGGGUCAGGAGCAGCGGCGCGAACUGAAGAACUACACGGUGCACUACAACAGCGCGACAAACGAACAGGGGCAGCCGAGAUCUGGAGAACAGAACGGGGACGUGAUGAUGGAGGUCAUCGAAAAGGUGUGGGAGGACCAGGUCAAAGAUGCUGCCAACAGGAAGAUCAAAGAGGUCGAAAAAAAACGGAGGGAGGCGCUGCAGAAGAAGCGCCAGACGCAAAACCCGAGAUUAGCCGAGAUGAUCACGAUCCCGACUAUCCCGAACCGUGACGACCUCCUCAACAAGGAGCUACCCGAGAACUUUCUCCCUCCGUACUGGUUUACGUGGCUGUUGUACGGACCGCUGGCCGCAAACCCGGACGAGGACGUAUCGUUCACGGCCUCCAACGGCCCUGACGUUCAAGGGGUGGGUGGCGGAGGCCUCAGCGACGACGACGACGAGGACUACUACUACGACGACGACAACUUCGACUGCGGCGGCGGCGGCGGCGGCGGCAGCAGCAGCAGCGGCAGCAGCGGCGGCGGUGGCGGCGGCGGAUUUGAAGACGGCGAAUCAUCUGCGGGGAGUAACGCGUCUGCCUCGAGCUCUGGGGAGGGAAACCCCAGCAAAUCCAGCGGCGACACCGGCGAGGGCAAGCGGCGAAAACUUGCAACGACUAAGGCGGCAAAAAUGAAGGGAAAGAAAAAGGCCAACAGUAGUGGCGGGGCGUCUGGGGGAAGCAAGUCGGCAGUGAGGAGCAAGCACGCCAUGAAGGUGUUGUCGAGUGCCACCGAGGUCCUCGGUAGGAGGGCCACGAAGGAGAGGGAUCGCGAGGAGAAGAAGAAAGCUCGGGGCGAGGCAGCAGGGAUGGCGGAACAGCUUAAGAUUUCCCGAGAGAGCUCCGCUGCUCUGCUGAAGGUGACGCAGCAGGUAGCACUGAUUUCUGGUACCCUGGAACAGGCGGCGAAGGCAGACCAGAGGAAGGAUAGGCUUCUGGAGCUGGACACGACGGAGAAACUGUAUCGGCAAAUCGGCCAGAAUGACAAGGCGGACGCGGCUGUUGCGGAAGGGCUGGCUAUAUUGGAGUCGCCGAUGGCACCGGUUUUUGGUCGUAGCGGUACCGGUGCUGCGGGAGUCACCACCUCUGGGGGCGUGGGCAUGGCGGAAGGCGUAGAUGGCGGCGCCGGUGGCGGUGAAAAGAGCGACACCGUUGACGUGGAUUUUACCGGAUGCACGAACGGCAACCGGAGUGACAACGCGGUCUCCGACGAGGCUGCCUCCUUGCGGGCAGGCGCAGGUCAAGUCGCCCGCAACCAUGCCAGGGCUACAGGAGGUCCGGAAUCGAAGGCUACGACGGGUGCUGCUGCAAAGUACUACGCCUCACUCCGGACUUCGCCUAGCAGACCCGCCGCCGACGUUUGGGAGGUGAACAGUUCGGGUAGUGACGCGGAUGCGGGGGGCAACCAGCUUGGAAUGGACGUCGACGGCGGUCGGGGUGCUCGCGGAGACGCUUCCGGCGGCAGCGCCGGCAGGGGCUUUGGGGGGGGCGGCGAGGGAGUGGGCGGUGGAGGCGGGCCGAAAAAACCACAAUGCGACAAACACCGUGUUCCGUGCAAACUCAUGAAGGUUAAAGGGACAACAUUUUGGGUGUGCGGCUUGGACGACGUCUUCGAAAUGUGCGACUACUUCGAGGCUGCUGACGGCGUGUCGGUGGAUGGCGAGUUCGGGGGGGCUUCGGAAGCUUCAGCGGGUGCCACUGCUGCCGCCGCGAAGGACACACGCGGCGGGUCUUCCGUGGGCAGCGCCGGCAGUGGCUUUGGGGCUGGUGGCGAGGGCGCGGGCGCUGGAGGCGGGCCGAAACCACCGCAAUGCAAGAAACACGGCAUCCCGUGGUGGGUGGCGGUUCCGGUGGGGCUGCACCUGCUGCCGAGGGUACCGCUCGUGCCGCCGCGAACGGUGGUGGAGGAGUGGCUUCCCUGGGCGCCGGCGCCGGCGGCAUGGGGGGGCUUCAUGGAGCGUCGGCCGCUGGGGGUGUUGCUGACGACCCGGGUGCCCACGCAGUAAAUGCUAGGAACAUUGCUAUGCAAGCCUUGACCCACCAAUUCCCCA